AUGCAUCCAGAGCGAGACUCUAUGUUUCCACCUAGUUGCCGCCACGGACUUCUUAAGAGCGAUUGGCGCAUAAUAUGGUCUGAAAUGAUCCUCUUCAUCAUUAGCGGUACCCGUAGAAAUGCACAUACGGGAUUGACCCGUAAAAGUGAGCGACAAAUAGCCGAGCUAAGAGCAAUACAAGACAAGGGAUUGCAAUUUGCAGUUCCAGUAGCCUAUAUGCGCAAACCAAAGAAGCAGCCUGCCGAAGUUCCCGAGUGUGAUGUUCAAGGCGUCAAAACAGCUGCACAACUACUAGAGGAGCAAGCCGUACUGAUAUUCAUCAUAGCUCAACACUAUCAAUUAUUGCUCAACGCAAAUCAUAACUCACCAAAAGGAAACGCAUCUCGUAAAAUUUCAGUAUAG